AUGGAAGCGCCUGGCCCCAACUAUGGAAGCGCCUGGUCCCAACUAUGGAAGCACCGGGUCCCAACUAUGGAAGCGCUUGGCCCCAACUAUGGAAGCGCCUGGUCCCAACUAUGGAAGCGCCUGGCCCCAACUAUGGAAGCGCCUGGCCCCAACUAUGGAAGCGCCUGGCCCCAACUAUGGAAGCGCCUGCCCCAACCAAGGAAGCGCCUGACCCCAACCAUGAAAGCGCCUGGUCCCAACUAUGGAAGCGCCUGGCCCCAACUAUGGAAGCGCCUGGCCCCAACCAUGAAAGCGCCUGGUCCCAACCAUGAAAGCGCCUGGUCCCAACUAUGGAAGCGCAUGGCCCCAACCAUGGAAGCGCCUGGCCCCAACUAUGGAAGCGCCUGGUCCCAACUAUGGAAGCGCCUGGUCCCAACUAUAGAAGCGCCUGAACCCAACUAUGGAAGCGCCUGGCCCCAACUAUGGAAGCGCCUGGUCCCAACUAUGAAAGCGCCUGGUCCCAACUAUGUAAGCGCCUGGUCCCAACUAUGGAAGCGCCUGGUCCCAACUAUGGAAGCGCCUGGCCCCAACUAUGGAAGCGCCUGGUCCCAACUAUGGAAGCGCCUGGUCCCAACUAUGGAAGCGCCUGGUCCCAACUAUGGAAGCGCCUGGUCCCAACUAUGGAAGCGCCUGGUCCCAACUAUGAAAGCGCCUGGUCCCAACUAUGUAAGCGCCUGGUCCCAACUAUGGAAGCGCCUGGUCCCAACUAUGGAAGCGCCUGGUCCCAACCAUGAAAGCGCCUGGUCCCAACUAUGGAAGCGCCUAGUCCCAACCAUGGAAGCGCCUGGCCCCAACUAUGGAAGCGCCUGGCCCCAACUAUGGAAGCGCCUGGUCCCAACUAUGGAAGCGCCUGGCCCCAACUAUGGAAGCGCCUGGCCCCAACUAUGGAAGCGCCUGGCCCCAACUAUGGAAGCGCCUGGCCCCAACUAUGGAAGCGCCUGGUCCCAACUAUGGAAGCGCCUGGUCCCAACUAUGGAAGCGCCUGGCCCCAACUAUGAAAGCGCCUGA